UAGAUCCGUCCCUGUUCAUAGAGGAAUACUAGAUUCAUAGCUUGGUGCAUAUGCCUGACGAGUCAAGAUCGGAUUCGGCUGCUGGAAAAAGCGUGUAGACAUAUUCGGGUGUGCGCAGCUGCAUCUGAAGAAAGAUAAGAUGAAAGCAGAGACUGUAACUCUGGUGCUGGUGAACCUUGCCGGGAUCAUGGAGAGAGCCGACGAAUCAUUGCUUCCUGGUGUCUACAAGGAAGUGGGCGCAGCGCUUCACACCGACCCAACCGGACUGGGUUCCCUCACUCUAUUCCGGUCCAUUGUCCAGUCCUCUUGCUAUCCCUUGGCUGCCUACCUUGCUUUGCGACACAAUCGGGCACACGUCAUAGCCCUCGGCGCUUUUCUAUGGGCUGCUGCUACUUUCCUCGUUGCCUUCUCCUCCACUUUCUUUCAGGUUGCUCUAUCACGAGCAUUAAAUGGGAUUGGCCUAGCACUGGUUGCACCUGCAAUACAAUCCCUUGUUGCUGACUCAACUGAUGAUUGCAAUCGUGGCAUGGCUUUUGGAUGGCUUCAACUCACAAGCAAUCUUGGUUCUAUUGUUGGCGGCCUCUUCUCUGUGUUAAUAGCCCCUAUUACAUUCAUGGGUAUCCCUGGUUGGAGAGUUUCCUUCCAUAUUGUUGGUCUAAUAAGUGUUAUAGUGGGUUCUCUAGUAUACUGCUUUGCCAAAGACCCACAUUUCUCAGGUUAUAGUACAAGUGCUAACAACCAAAUUCCAAUCAGAACAUUAUGGACAGAAGUGAAAGAGUUAGCUCAAGAAGUCAAGUCAGUUUUGAAGAUUUCGUCAUUCCAGAUUAUUGUAGCACAGGGCAUCACUGGCUCCUUCCCCUGGUCAGCAUUGUCAUUUGCACCUAUGUGGCUUGAGCUUACUGGCUUCUCCCACGACAAAACAGCAUUCCUCAUAGCUUUGUUUGUGAUUGGCAAUUCUGUUGGAGGCUUGUUUGGGGGUAAAAUGGGGGAUAUCCUUUCUACACGAUUUCCAAAUUCUGGGAGAAUUAUUCUGGCACAGAUAAGUUCUGCAUCAGCAAUCCCCCUUACAGCAAUACUAUUGCUGGGUUUACCACGUGAUCCAUCAACAAUAGUGCCACAUGGGUUGCUCCUGAUCAUUGUAGGAUUCUUCAUCUCUUGGAAUGCUCCUGCUACCAACAAUCCAAUAUUUGCAGAGAUUGUUCCUGAGAGAGCUCGAACAAGUGUGUAUGCAUUGGACCGGUCUUUUGAGUCGUUGCUGUCAUCUUUUGCUCCACCUUCGGUUGGACUUUUGGCUCAGCAUGUGUAUGGAUAUAAACCAAUUCCCCAGGGGUCUACUUUAUCUGAAGAGAUUUUAACGGACAGAAAGAAUGCUGCAUCAUUGGCUAAGGCACUAUAUACUGCAAUAGGUAUUCCAAUGGCAAUCUGCUGUUUGAUCUACUUAUUCCUUUAUGGAGCCUAUCCAAGGGACAGGGAAAGAGCUCGGAUGGUAGCUUUUAUUGAAUCAGAGAUGCAGCAGGUGGAGUCAGAUAGUUUAGGCAAUAAUAGAGAUUUCCUCUCAAAAGCUCACUCUUCUAAGUCUGAAGAAAUGUACGCUCAUGAUUACCAUGGGGAUGCCCUCGAUGUUGAUGAUGAAGAUAAUGCUCUGCUGUACCGCGGCAUUUGACUUCUCUAACUUAGGUGAUUAGUUUUAGUUCAUCGCUUUCUGCAAUAUCGUCUGCGGAAAUUUUCAGAACUUCAUGGGGUUGAACUUUUCCCAUAUGGAUCAACCGCAGAUUCCACUGUGAGUCGGUAAUAAAUUUGUACGUUAAGUUGAAGAGAUAACCAGUGCAGUAUAAUUCAGCAGUGGUUGGAGUUUUUGAGACUAUUUUUCAUGAUCGUCAAAGGCACAAACCAGGCAUUUACCGAAGUCAGAGGGUAUUUAAUCAAGAGAUCAAAACAGCAAGAGACUUGGGAUGAUCAAAGUUGUUAGUCUUUACUCUUUGGUGACGGAGCUGAAGUCAUGAUCCUGAGAACAGGAGAUGAGAUAUCUUCUCACCCUUUCAGGAAUUACAUUGAAGAGGCUCGAAUAUUGAUAGAUGCGAGCAAUGGGGUGCCCUUCAAUUUCAUGUUCAAGGAAGUGAACAAGUGUGCCAUUGCAAUGGCUAUAUGGAAGCAUGAUUUAGAGUAGCGUCAUAGUUUUGUUUUUCUAAUCAGGCGCCUGACUUUUGUUGAGUUUUGCAGUAGAGGUAGAGCAGGGAUGAAUUACCAACGACUUUCAAUUGAGCUUUGUAUGUUAAUUGUUUGUAUUAAAAAAAAAAAUAUGUACAGCACGACAAAUACGCACAAGAUACAGGUGAAGCAUGACAACAUUAUUUAGCUUCACAUCCCUUUUAAUCAUUAUUACUACUAUAUGGUUGUUAUUUUCUUUA